UAGAAACUGCUGCACUGUACCGGAUGUUCAACACACGCCAUGAGACCAAAACGUCGAGGGUUUACAACUACGAUUUAAAACAAAUCUAAACCGAAUUAAUCAAAUAAUUUAAUUAACCUGAAAGAUUUGUCACAUUUGCGAGACAUACAUAAUGUCUGACAACGAGGACAAUUUUGAUGACGGAGAUUUUGAUGAUGGUGAAGAUGAAGAACCUAUGGAUGAUCUGGAGAAUGUAGAUGAGGAUCAGGAGAACGUUCAGAUUCUUCCGGCGGGUGAAGGUCAGCAGGCCAAUCAGAAGAGAAUCACCACACCAUACAUGACCAAAUACGAGCGUGCACGUGUGCUGGGAACACGAGCGCUGCAGAUCGCGAUGUGUGCGCCUGUGAUGGUGGAGCUGGAAGGAGAGACAGAUCCACUGCAGAUCGCCAUGAAAGAGCUCAAGAGUAGAAAGAUUCCCAUCAUCAUCCGCAGAUAUCUUCCUGACGGGAGUUAUGAGGACUGGGGCUGUGAUGAGCUCAUCAUCACUGACUGACACGCGCACGCGUGCACACGCUCACAUCACGUGGACGGACGCACAGCAGAUGUGUGUAGAUUACAUGUGUAUAUCAGUAUUUUACAGAGUGAUCUUUUUCUUUCUGUGAGCAGUACUUGUUUACCUCCACAAGAGGGCGGUACACCACACAAUAACACUCAACAGUUAACACUCUUCACAGAGAAUUUAGUUAUUUAAUGUUUGUUUGUUUGUUUUAGCGAUGCAAAAUUAAACCUUUUUGUAAAGAAUGUACACACUGUGCUCUUAUUGCUUUCAUUGAUGUAAAAAUCAUUGUGCAUUCAAUUGUGUUCUGACAUAAAAACAGGACGUAGCAGUGUUUUAAAAGAAAGGUGCCAAAUGGAUCAUUAAAACAACUGAAGAUCUGUCUACAGGAUUUCUGACAGCGUGAAAAUCAUAGCAAGAUGUGUGUUACAGAAAAAUGUGCAAACAACACUUUCGUAAGGAAAUCUUUAAAAUAUUACGGUUUCCUCUUUGUGUGGAGAACGCAAGACCAAGGGGGCGGGGUGAGAUCCAUAUCCGACUCCUCCCACUUUAUAUGCUUCGCUGUAAUUUGGAGAGUUCAUUUGCAACUCAUGGUCGCCAUCCUUUGCUGUUAUCAAUUAGUGUCUGUUAGUAAUAGUAACAGUUAAAUAUUAUUAAAAUGUGUUAAUAAAUAAAGUCUUCAGCAAGUUUGUUUUCCGUCAAAAGUAUAACUUUAGUUACGACUCAAUGCGGAAAGUGUGACGUGUGUUGUGGCAAAACUGCUGCAGAAAUCUGUCGACCAAUCAAAACGCAGUGGGAGGAGACUGGAUCUGGUGCAACCUUGCCCCCUGGAUGUCCCGUUCUGCAGUGUGAAUUUAAUGUUUUACUUGAUUUUUUUGCACUUACGAAUAUAAAACUCAAAUGACAACAUGUUUGACUUGGGCUACUUGCAUGAAUUCAAUUUGACGCUGCUACUGUUGCCAUAGAAACGGAUAAGUCCGUGUACGCGUUGAGCGUAAUUGCGGUAAAUACCGCAGCCGUGUCGCGAUAAUCGUGUUAUCCGCACUUUUCUGAAGGUUAUCUGGGGUGUAUUCCAGAAAGCAGGUUAAUUUACCGUCAGCUAAACCCUGAGCUCUCGGUUGAUUAACCCAAACCUUGCUUACUCGGGGUAUGUCGGUUCCAAAUCACCUGAGAAGAGUCAGUUUAAUCAACCUCCCGAGAGAUACCCAGAGUUACAGAAACAACAUGAAGACAUUGUCAAUGAUCACAGAUUUCACGAGUCACCAUGGAAACGGCCGGGAAGCUUAAAAACAACGUUAUAAAUCAGAGUUUUUUUCACAGACUUAAAUCUGCAUCAGUGUAUAAAGUGCGGGAUAAAAAUCAUAACAUUUAAUUAUUUAGGUUAUGUGUUUAUAAAACUAUAAACGCUAUAAAUGAAUUAUUUAAAGAUACAUUUUUUAAAUAUAUGCACUAUUUUAUACUAUAAUAUUUAAAAUAUAUACUCAUCAUGGCUAUCUUUGUUAAAUAAACUGUAGAUUUGUUGAGAUGUUUGUAACUGUA